GAGUCCCUAGGAUCUCUCACCAAAUUUCCCGCUGAGAUUCGCUCUGCCAUAUUUGCGAAAUGCUGGGGCAAAGAAGUAUUGGGCUGCUUGUGGUAAAUAAGCAACUCUACGACGAAUUAAUCAUCCACCUCUGCCAGUUAUUCACCCUCUCUCUGUACAUCGACCCUACAGCACCGGACACAGAAUUUCAAAUCCUCAAUUCUAAAGGAGAGUCAUGGGGCCCGACCCGUAGCCUAAAGUCGCACCACCUUGACCAUCAACUCUUUAAAGGCAUGAAGGUCGAUAGAUUCAAGGAGAUCAAAAUCAGCGUCGGCCCCACAAAUCCAGCCUACCCUGGCCAACUUGUUCGAGCUUGGCUUCAGGUUACCAGAUUGGUGAAUGCACUGUCAGCAGUGUGGAAAAAUCCGCACAGAAUACCCGCUUCUUUUCUUGAUAUCAGGUUGCCCAUCAGGUCAACAGUUGGCGGGAUUUCCGCCUUCCAACAGUACUUAUCAGAUUUGCAGAAAUGUACGACAGGAAAUGGUGUGACAAGAACCUUGCCUACCACGAGAGCGUUCCGAGUAGGUCGGCAUGGAGUGGCCAGCGACAUUGGUAUCUUGCUAAUACCCUUCCUCCGCAUCAGGACGCAGAGGCUACACAUUGACCUCCCUACGCACCGUGCAGCAGCCCGGUGUGCCGUCGAUGACCAAAUCGAAGAUCUACAAGCGGACACUACAUCCACGGUGCCAUUCGGACUCAAUUCUGGAUGGCCCGUAAACUACCACGACAGCUUGAUAAUGAGACAAGAAGGGGCAAUGUCCCUCUGGCUCGAUGACCUCCUGGACAACAUGAAGGGCGCAACGGCACGGUACCUGCAGCCUGACCGCUUCGAGACAUGGUGCGACGUAUACAAGAGAAACCUAGGGCAAUGUCUCUUCGGUUACAAGUCAGGGACCAGAACGGUCGGAGGCGCCGCCAGCGUG